GCUGCGGUGCGGUGUCGGGCCGGCGGUGCGGCGCAGUGCAGGAGCCGGAGCCGGGCCGGCAGCGGGGCUCAGCCGGCGGCGGCAGCAGGAGCAGGGCGCAGGUAGCACCGCCGCUUCGCUGCCGUCUGGCGGAGCGGUGAGAAGCGGAGCGACCGGCUGGUCGCGCCGUGCCCGCUCGCUGCUCUCUCCCCCCGCGUUCCCGUGAGCCGCUCCCCGCCCGGGUCCCUCGGGUGCAGCAUGAAGUGCGGCGAUGGCCCGGAGAGGUAAGACGGCGGUGAGGACGCUGGAAGACCUGACGCUGGACUCCGGGUAUGGUGGUGCGGCGGACUCUGUGCGCUCCUCCAACUUGUCGCUGUGCUGCUCGGAUUCGCACCCCGCGUACCCCUAUGGAGGAAGCUGCUGGCCGCACCUAACUGACUCCAUGCACAGUCGGCACAACAGCUUCGACACCGUCAACACCGUCCUAGCGGAAGACUCCGAGGUGCUGGACUGCGCGGGGCAGCAGUGCUCCCGGCUCCUGCCCGACCUUGAGGAGGUCCCCUGGAGCCUGGAGGAGGUGGAGGCACUGCUGCUGCCGCCGCCGCCGCGCCGGGAGCCGCGGGCGCCGGGUGCCGCCAGCCCCGGGAGCCGGGAUGCGGCGGCGCGGCUCUCGACCCUGGUGAGCCGGGCGCUGGUUCGCAUCGCUCGGGAGGCACAGCGACUGAGCCUCCGCUUCGCCAAGUGCACCAAGCACGAGGUGCGGAGCGCCAUGGAGAUCGUCCUGGGCUGGACGCUGGCGGCCCGCUGCACGGCAGCUGCCCUCGGCGCCCUCUCCCUCUACAACAUGAGCAGCAGUGGCGGCGACCGCUUCAGCCGCGGCAAGUCGGCCCGGUGCGGACUGGCCUUCUCUGUGGGCAAGUUCUACCGCUGGAUGGUGGACAGCCGCGUGGCCCUGCGCAUCCACGAGCACGCCGCCAUCUACCUCACCGCCGGCACCGAGAGCCUCUUCCGCGACAUCCACGCGCGGGUGCUGGCCGGUCCCGCCGCCCCGCUCCCGCCGCCCGGCCGCUCCCCGGCCGCCGCCGCCGCCCCGGCCGAGAAGGAGAAGGAGGGCGGCGAGGCGCCCCGCUUCACCCUGGAGGCGCUGGAGCAGACGGUCAACAACGACCCCGAGCUCUGGGGCUUGCUGCAGCCCUACCAGCACCUCAUCUGCGGAAAGAACGCCAGCGGUGUUCUCUGCCUGCCGGACAGCUUGAACCUUCACAAGGACCAGCAAAGGUCAAACAAGCCUGGGGAGGUGCAGAUGUUCAGCCAGUCGGAGCUGAGGACCAUCGAACAGUCUCUGCUUGCCACGCGCGUGGGGAGCAUCGCUGAGCUCAGUGACCUGGUGUCUCGAGCGAUGCACCACCUGCAGCCCCUCAAUGCCAAGCAGCACGGGAACGGGACACCCAUGCACCAGAAGCAGGGAUCCUUCUACUGGGAGCCAGAGGCCCUGUACACCCUUUGCUACUUCAUGCACUGUCCACAGAUGGAGUGGGAAAACCCCAACGUGGAGCCCUCCAAAGUCACGCUGCAGACUGAGAGGCCGUUCAUCGUGCUGCCUCCGCUGAUGGAGUGGAUUCGGGUGGCGGUGGCUCACGCGGGGCACCGGCGCAGUUUCUCGGUGGACAGCGAUGACGUGCGGCAGGCGGCCCGGCUCCUGCUGCCGGGAGUUGACUGCGAGCCCCGACAGCUGAAGAUCGACGACUGUUUCUGUGCCUCUCGGAAGCUGGAUGCAGUUGCCACCGAGGCCAAGUUCAAGCAAGACCUGGGCUUCCGGAUGCUCAACUGCGGCCGGACGGAUCUGGUUAAGCAAGCCAUAUCCCUGCUGGGGCCGGAUGGGAUCAACAGCAUGAGCGAGCAGGGCAUGACUCCACUGAUGUAUGCUUGUGUCAGGGGUGAUGAGGCUAUGGUGCAGAUGCUGCUAGAUGCUGGAGCAGAUCUGAAUGCUGAGGUUGUCAGUACUGCUCAUAAAUACCCAUCCGUCCACCCUGAGACCCGCCAUUGGACAGCUCUGACAUUUGCUGUGUUGCAUGGACAUAUUCCUGUAGUUCAGCUAUUGCUGGAUGCUGGAGCAAAGGUAGAAGGUUCCUUAGAUCAUGGAGAGGAAAAUUACUCCGAAACUCCUUUACAGCUGGCAGCAGCUGCUGGAAAUUUUGAACUGGUCAGUUUGCUGUUGGAGCGAGGAGCUGACCCCAUGAUAGGAACAAUGUACAGGAAUGGCAUUUCCAUGACUCCACAAGGUGACAUGAACUCUUUCAGUCAGGCUGCUGCACAUGGACACAGGAAUGUUUUCCGCAAGCUUCUUGCUCAGCCGGAGAAGGAGAAGAGUGAUAUCCUGUCCCUGGAGGAGAUCCUGGCCGAGGGCACGGACUUGCCCGACUCAGCAGCAGCUCCACUCUGCGCCAGCCGCAACAGCAAGGCCAAGCUGAAGGCCCUGAAGGAGGCCAUGUACCACAGCGCCGAGCACGGCUACGUGGACGUCACCAUCGACAUCCGGAGCAUAGGCGUUCCCUGGACACUGCACACGUGGCUGGAGUCUCUGCGCACGUCCUUCCAGCAGCACCGACGGCCCCUCAUCCAGUGCUUGCUGAAGGAGUUCAAGUCCAUUCAGGAGGAGGAAUACACUGAGGAGCUCAUCACACAAGGGUUGCCUCUGAUGUUUGAGAUACUGAAGGCCAGCAAGUUCCGAGCAAGCCGGCGCCAGGUUAUCCACACAUGUACAUCCUGCAUUCUGCGUGUGAGAUGCGAGCGCCAGAACGAGGUGAUCAGCCAGCAGCUCUCUGUCAUUUUCACUCAUUGCUAUGGACCCUACCCAAUUCCAAAGCUCGUGGAAAUUAAGCGUAAGCAGACCUCCCGCCUGGAUCCCCAUUUUCUUAACAAUAAAGAGAUGUCAGAUGUCACAUUUCUGGUGGAAGGAAGACCAUUUUAUGCACAUCGAGUGUUGCUAUUUACUGCAUCGCCAAGGUUUAAAGCAUUGCUGUCUAGCAAGCCCUCAUCUGAUAGUACUUGUAUUGAGAUCAACUAUGUGAAGUACCCCAUCUUUCAGCUGGUAAUGCAGUAUCUUUAUUAUGGAGGUGCAGAGUCACUCCUGAUUAAAAAUAAUGAAAUUAUGGAGCUUCUCUCUGCUGCUAAAUUUUUCCAGCUUGAAGCUUUACAACGACACUGUGAGAUCAUUUGUGCAAAAAGCAUUAAUACAGAAAACUGCGUGGAUAUUUAUAAUCAUGCCAAGUUCCUCGGCGUCACAGAACUAUCUGCCUAUUGUGAAGGCUACUUUCUAAAAAACAUGAUGGUCCUCAUUGAAAACGAAGCUUUCAAACAGUUGUUGUAUGACAAGAAUGGAGAAACAUCUGGUCAGAAUGUACUAGAGGACUUACAGAGGACGUUGGCCACAAGGAUUCAGUCAAUUCAUUUGUCUUCUUCAAAGGGCUCCAUUGUGUAAAGCUGAGGAAGAUGGUAACCCUCUAAUUAAAGACCCUGGAAGUUAAGUCUUCUGUUGCAGUUGCUCAAACCUGUUGCAGUUGCUUAAAUGACUACAAAAAAAGAAAAUGUAAAAAAUUCUACGUCGCAUCCAAACAGUUCUGUCUCAGCCAGAGGUGCUGCGCUGGGGCUGUGUCCCCACCUGGAUGAGAGAAUACAAAGUUCCUCCCUGGUUUUGAGCAAGCUGGGUACCAGAGUAUCCAGUGAAUUGCCCUUGUACUCACAUUCUGAACACAAGCCUGUUCAUGAAGCUUGAAGCCAACAAAAGCCAGAACUCACAUCAGUGAACAGCAGAAGUCCCUGCCUGAAGGGUAGUUCUGGGGAACACCUGAAUUGACCAAUUAAUCAUUUAAGUCAGAUUUGUUCCAGUGUUACACAGUUAAGAACUAUAUCUAUCCCAGAGUCCAUUAUCUUGUGCAUUUAAGAAAUGUAAGAACUGUUAUUGCUGUCCAGCAAAGAUCAGCUGUAUUAGAGAGUGGGUAAGACUGUUAUAGUUGAGGAAAUAUACUGGCAGAUUUUUAGGGGUGGGAACUUUUUAAACUGUUCAUAAAAAAUAAUGGGGUGGCCUUGUAGUUUAAAACCUGUUUCUUAAGCUUAAAAUUUCAUUUUCAACAGAGCUGCGUUUGAGAAUCUAUGUAACAUGUUUUGGUUUUUUAAAUGGUAAAAUGUACAUUGUGUAAACACACAUAUGCUCAAGUUUUGCUUGUAUUCUUUCCUAGGGUGGUAUAAUCUUGCCUAAGAGGCUAUGGUUACACCAAAGAGGCACAAUACCCAGACUGUCUCUAAUACAAUAGUUGGGGGGGCAGGAGAACUGCAUGCUACUCGUGAUUUGGGGUUGAAAUCAAUGACAAACUCAACAAACAUGCGUUUGCAUGGUAACUGUACCUGUGAAAUGUUCCAUUUGUGCUUCGUUUUGCCAAGACAAAUGCAAUGUUACUUCUUGUCAAACUUCAUUUGUGAAAUUAGCUUAUUUUUUUAUCUGGUGUGACUGGCUGUGAUAUGAUACCCCUGGAGCUCCUUCUCGAGAUGCUGAUUUCUGUUUGUUGCAGUGAAGAGAUAACAACAGAUCUUUAAUUUUAGUGAUGUGUGGAUACUUUGCUACUGGCCAGAGAUUGUGUCUGAGUUAGACCU